UUUGAGCCAGUCUACCGAGUCAUUCCGGAUAAAGGAACGCAGAACGAGAUAGUCAUCUCACUUUGGACACUUGUUACUUUGUCUACAUCUUUAGAUAUUUUUGAACCAAGAAGACACAAUGAUAUUGACUCAAUGAAUAUUGGGGAAUAUUUCAUGAAAACUUAACACGAGCAAUUAACCAAGUCGCGUAAAAGUCUACGACGGAGACGAAGAUGAAUUCAACAAUGUUCAAUCAAACGGAUGGUGGAUUCUUUUCCAACCGCACUGAGGAAAUCAUAUCAUGUUGUAACUUAACAUCAGUGGUUACUGACAAUGGAUUUGUGGCAGCCGCCCCGGACGAAAGAAGUCUUUUCAUCAUGCGAGUUGUCCAAAUAGCGGUAAUGUGCGUCCUCUCACUCACUGUAGUUUUCGGCAUUUUCUUUUUGGGUUGCAAUCUUCUCAUCAAGUCUGAAGGGAUGAUCAACUUUUUGGUGACGGACCGCAGACCCUCCAAAGAAGUUGAGGCCGUAAUUGUGGGUGCAUACUAACGAUAUCAGACCGUGAAUGUGGACUCAAAAAUCACUCCAACAGUGGUCAUGGGAUGGUCCAGAGAUUAUUCGGAGCCUAACCCCACGUAGCCUACAUAGAUAAAUGAACAUUAGUAGGCUAGUAUUCGCCUUAUUAAUGCGGAGGACGUUGAACUGUCACACUUUUCUGGCCAAAGGUUGUUGGUUCAUAGUAAUUAAUGUGGACUAAUCAAGGCAAUUUAGCCUAUACUCAACUGCCCAUGCAUGACAGAUGAACUUAGCUGACAUGGAGGACCACUUUAUUAAACCAGCGACACCAAGGUGCACGCGCGGAUGUUGUCGCACACAAUCGUCCAAGUCUUUUUAUCAAGACCAUUUCCUUUGUAAACAACGAUUUAAAGAAUGAAUGUUCAAACCUAUAAAGCGUAUUGUUUCUAGAAGUUUACGUUUUUUAAACAUAGAUGUUUCAAAAUUGUAAAUGGGAAGCACAGCACGGAUUGUUAAAAUGUUCAUGUCGAUACAACCUGUCAUGAUUGUUUUAUAACUUGGUCCAGUAGAAUAGCCCAGGCAUACAGUCUGAUUAAGCAGCAUUUCUUUCGAACGUCGGUUGCGCGCAGCCGUCAUCAGGACCACUGUUUGCAUGCCUCUAUAAUUGUCUAGGCUGUUUAAAUAUAGCAUUACAUUAAUUUGUGUUCCUUGUUCGGUUCUGUUCCAUUUAUUAUCGCACCGCUGCUUUCUCACAAAGUGAGUGUUGAUGAUGACAGGUGUAUAGUAUUUAAACAGUGUUUUAUUUGUAUUUUAUACUGCUUUUAUCAUUUAAAGCCAUUCUUUCAUUUUGUUGAUUGGAUUUAUUCUUUGCAUAAAAUAAUACUACAUAUG